AGAGCAUCCAAACAGCAUCGUCCGUCGACUGGCAUUGCCAAGUCCAUUACAAGAUAUGCAUAUUUUUGAGUCCCAUGGCACCGGAUGUUGCAGCAAGCUCAGCUAGAUCACGCACUCGCUCGUCGGGCAUCGGCACUCGGGGCGGACCACAACGUGCACCUACAACUGGAGAGAAGAAGAAGAGAGGGCGUCCCCGGAAGAUACGACCGGGUACUGAAGCGAGGAGUGGGGUUGAUGGAGAUGACGAUUUGACGGCUGACGCUGGUGGGUCGACUGCGGAUGCGCCUGCCGACGCUUCAGGCAAUGUUGGGCAACUACAUGGCAUGGACGUCGAUGGAAAUACAGAAGAGGCAUCAUUUCCAGAGAAUCAAAUACAGUUACAUGCUAAUGAAGAGGACAUGGUCCAACCAGGAGCACGCAAUAUCACUCAAACGCAAGCGUAUCUCUCCAUCUUCGCGGACCAUCUAGCCUCAACCAAAGCCCACCUCUCGGGCUCGUCUCAGGCUCAUGAACAGCCUCCCUUCAACGAUUUUGACGAGAUCUCGGACGUUGCGUGGACUUCGAGCACGCACCCCUGGUCCCGCACCGAGCUCGACGCUUUCUUUCACGCGCUCUCCAUCCACUCCCGCUGGCGGCCCGACCUCGUUGCCGAGGACGUCAGCCAUGCCGCGCGCUCCGAACUCGCUCAAGGCCUCAGCGUCGCUGGUACGAACGUGGGCGGGAAGAGCAUCGCACAGGUUAUCGAGCUGCUCGAUGUCAUGGAACAGGCUUCCGCCGAGCUCGCCGCCCGCGAGGCUUUCAGCAGCAGCAGCAGCAGCAGCACAUCAGUUUCCGGCGGACGCGGCACGCGAUACACGCACGAACCCGCGAUGGAGGUCUCGGAUGACUGGAUCGUGGCGGAGGAGCGUAUGGCGCUGGAGAUCAUCCGGACGGAGGAAGAACGUGAUGCUGAUGCGGCCGCUGCAUUUUUGCAGGAGGCGAAUCCGGAUCGGAGGCGGAGGAGGUACGAGUGGGAGGAUGCGAGGGCGGGGAAGCGGCGGAAGUCUGAGGUGGCUGGUGGGCUGGAUGCGCUGCCGUCGUUGGGGAGUGGGCAUUUGCAGGUGUUGGACUCGAUUUUGAGGGCUACAGAGGGGCAGAGGAGUGAAGGUGAGGAGGAGGAGCAGAUGGAGGACCCGAAGGAUGCUUCCCAGCCUCCAGAAGCUGGGCACGCGGAGGAUGAAGUGGACGAGGAGGAUGCAGCGCCUUCGAGGCGAGGCUUGGGCUCUUCUGGGGACGAUGCCGGGGUACAGGAGGCUGAACCUUCCGUGCAUGCGCAGGCUGUCAUUACCGACGAUAUGAUUGACCCUGCUUUGCUGGGCGAAGAGCAUUAUCAAGCUCCGUCUCGGCGUGGAUCAUCACCUCCAACUCCUGCAUUACCACCUCUAGCUGCUCCUUCAGCGCCAUCCCGUGCACAAACACCACCUACCCCUGUUUCCCCAGCUACACAAUCCCCUCUACCUACCGCCGCGGCUGUUUCGGCCGUUGACGAUCCCGAUCAAGAUGACGGCGUCGAUCCUGCCAGACUCUCACCAGCAUCUCGCAGACGGUACCAGAAACGUCUGUAUAUGCGUCGCAAACGCGCUAGUGGAAGCCGGAGUGUGAAUACUUCGCUGAGCGUAUUGAAGCCUGGCCGGAAGAAAUCGUCUCUUAGCGUUGCCCAAGACGCGUCUCGGCGCGGAGGCAGGCCAAAGACGAAGGAAAAGCGCAGGGAAAGGACAAGAACGCCGGCGGCAUCUGUUUCUCGCCCAGGGACGCCUGUGGCUGGUGAGGAGGGAGCGGACGGAGGGGAAGGCGAGCAGUCGGCGAGGUUGAAGUUCAAGGGUCGCGGGUUGAAAACACGUUAUAAGCUUCGUGCUGCGUUCGCUAAUGCUGGGGUUGAUGCUACCUGGUUGCAGGAGAAUGGGAUGGACUUGUUUAACCUCGGCUCCCUUGGGCGUCUUUCUGGGUUAGCGAGCUCUCCGUUCAAUGAAGAAGAAACCGCGACGCAUGCGAUCUCACCUGCGCUCGUACGGUUCCUUCAGGCUGCGAUCACUGCGUAUGUUGGUGAUGUGGCGCGUGAGGCGAUCGUUCUCAGGGAGCAGGAGCGGAAGAUCAAGGAGCGUUCCAGAUUUUGGAAGUUUCAAGAGCACUCUAUCCCUACAAGUACCGUUGAAGAAGCGAUCCAGAUUACAAGCAUCCGCCACAUGAACGGCAAAGUAGCAAGUGAAGACGUGGGGCAACGAGGCGUGUCUAUCCAUGGCGACGAACACGAGGACGGCGGCGAUGCCGAGGACGAAGAAGAGGUUCAAUAUGAAAAUAGCCAUGACAAAGACGACGUUUGUGGACGCGAUCCUCGCAUGGCCGUCUUCUAUCCCCCUCCAUCUUUUGGACUGAGCAGCUUCGCCUGUCUGACGCCAUCCCUUUACGAGGAUCGCCGACGCAAGUUUAUCAAGCGCCAAUUACCGUCGUCUAGGUCUUCUUCCCCGUCGCCGAUGCAGGGUGUUCUGCACCUGUCACCGGCCUAUGUUGUCCCUCCCUCUCGGGCGCUAGGAUGGGAGGAUGACGUCAUGCCCUCGGAUACAGACGAAGAAGCUCUACAAGGAGAAUUAAACUCGGAGGAAGCAGUGAACGCGGUGGACGAAGACGCGGCGCGGGAGCAUGAGAGGCGCUUGCGAGAAGCUGUGGGUCUGAUCGGACAUGCGGAGGAUUCAGAAGGCUCGUGUUGAUGUG